AUGAUAGCUCCACAGGUGAAGAUCAAAGACGUCACCGCUCACGAUCUCGGAGCAGAAGCAGGGUCGAUUCGCGCGAGCUGGAGCGCAAUCAUGAGCGAAGAGAUCGGUCGAGACGAGAUCGGCAUGCGGAUGACCGAAGCGGGCGUGAAGAGGAAAGGCGUCGUCGCGAAAGGCAUCGAGAUGAUGGAGAAAGGCACACUGAGCGGGACAGCAAAGAAGCUGGGUCGCACGAUCGGAGAGAGCGAGAAAACCGACGGCGACACGAUGACGAGUCCGAUCGACAUUCCCGUCACCACAAGAGGAGACACCAUUCGCGGUCUCGUUCGCGGUCUCGUUCGCCCAUAAGCAGCAGGAAGCGUCGCAGUCCUAGCAACGACUCGCGAAGCUCGGACAGUGGCUCUUCUGCCUCGCAGUCGUCACGAUCUAGGAGAGGAGGAGGGCACAAGAGUCGCGAUCACGGUGAUAGAGAUGAGCGAGAGCGGAGAGAGCGAAGAGAUAGAAGGCGAAGGAAAGAAGAGAAGAAGGAGAGAAGAGAGAGGAAAGAGAAGAAGAAGCGCCAGAAGGAGGUGAGCUGACACGCUUCGGCUGACACCCAGCACCUCACAGUUCCUGACUUUUUUGCCGUCGGCUUCAAAGGCAGCGAAAUCGGGCGAAGUCAUCGAGUGGGGCAAGCAUGGGAUCAUCUCGGAGACAGAGUGAGAUACGCUUUCGUAUCAGCAGGUGCUAGAGUCUGCUCCUGAAUGUGACAUUCCUUUCGCAGCGUGAUCGGUCGACUCACCGGCGAGUACCGCCAGUGGUUGGUCGAAGAGAGGCAUAUCAAUCCGUGAGUCUGAACAAAGCAGCACUCGAGAUUUUCCCCCCAUCCGGAAGCACAUGCGUCCAUGCUGACCGCGAAACGUCACACCGCAUCGCUGCCCUGACAAAUGACAGGGAGACAAUCUCAAAGCCAGUGGAAAAGAAGGAGAUUGCUCGGUUCAUCGAAUCCUACAAUACCGCGACCAUGCCAGAUCCCAAGUAUUACGAUCUCGAGGUGCGUACACAUGCAUUGCUCACGUAGUCUUCGAAUUUUACUCAUCUUGUACUCCUGCUAUGGGACUUUACUCUGCUUGUACACCCUGCACAGAAACACGAACGACACAUGUCCAUGAUACGUUCGGGCGAAACGCUGCCAGUCGGUGGAUACGACUUUCUCUCCGACGAAAAGGCCGCCUCGGCAUCAGCAGCAGCGCGCAGGAAGGAGGAAGAAGCAAAGAGGAAUACGAGCAGGGAUGCGUGGCAAAGCAAGGAACAGUUGGAAGAGCUGCGAAGGAUCCAGAAUGAGCGAAUUCAGGCGGGCAAGAUGAAACAGCUGUGAGUCUCGUGCAGCAACGAAACGCGAUGUGAAGCUUCCUCGCAUUCCGCACAUUUCGCUGACGUUGGCCGUUGCUCGCUCUCAGCGGCUUGGAAACGUCAGCAAACAUGGGCGUUCGCAUGGAAGGCCGUUUGCCUGGCCGCAAAUGA